GGAAAAUUUCCCAAAAGGCCCUUUGCGCCCUGGACAUGCGCCAUAGACACAUAAAUCCAAGAUGGCUACCGAAGAUAUAGUGAAACAUUCCGUACAUACGUUGGUGUUUCGUUCUCUAAAACGAACACACGAUUUCUUCUUACAUGACCACGCGUUACCACUGUCCAAAGACGAGGCWGGUGAAAAAAUCAAGAUUGCCUGUAAAGUUCACGAUGAAUAUGCAUCUGUCAAAGACCUUGUACAAACAAAAGAUAAACCAGAACAKAACAAGCCCCAUACUGAUAAUAGAUCAACAGAACUAGCAACCAUUUUACCCAACCCUCGAGCCUCUACCAAUCCACCUGGCAGUAAAUCAAAGGCUUURGUAGCUGUAGGCGAAGGUGGUGGUACCAAACAGCAACCAUCUACUGCAAUAAUGCAUCAACGCAAAGCACCUCUAUUGCCUAGACCACAGUGGCAUGCCCCAUGGAAACUAAUGAGGGURAUCAGUGGUCAUACUGGCUGGGUGAGGUCUGUAUCAGUGGAACCAGGGAAUCAAUGGUUUGCUACAGGAUCAGCAGACAGAACAAUUAAAAUUUGGGAACUUGGAAGUGGCAAGUUAAAGCUAUCACUAACUGGUCAYAUCAGUACUGUCCGUGGAUUAGURGUCAGUCCUAGACACCCUUACCUAUUCUCCUGUGGUGAAGAUAAACAAGUAAAAUGCUGGGAUUUAGAAUAUAAUAAGUUUUACAUUUGCAAGUGCAUCACCAGAUAAUAUCAAAAUGUGGAAAUUCCCUGAUGGCAACUUCUUGCAUAAUCUCCAAGGACAUAACACCAUCAUUAACUGCCUCGCUGUCAACUCUGAUAAUGUUUUAGUAUCUGGAGGUGAUAAUGGGACAAUGCAUUUCUGGGAUUGGAAGACAGGGUAUAAUUUCCAAAGACUUCAAGCUACAGCUCAACCAGGCUCACUAGACAGUGAAGCUGGUAUCUUUGCCAUGACAUUUGAUCAAAGUAGUAGUCGACUUAUCACCUGUGAAGCAGAYAAAACAAUCAAAAUCUACAAAGAAGAUGACCAAGCUAGUGAAGAAACACAUCCAAUCAACUGGAAACCAGAAAUAUUGAAACGAAAGCGCUACUAAAUCAAGUGAAGUGUUCGACGGUCAGGACUAUGUCAUUGUAYAUGGUAACAUUGUUUUUAACCCAAAAGUCUCAUGCAGCAAGUGCAAUUUCUAUUCUUGUAAAUUUAACAAUUAAAAUACUACUCAAUUGA